GAAGAUCUUAAGGUGAGGAAGGAGGUGGAGGAGUCUCCUGAUGUGGUGCAGCCUCGAGAUGUACUGCAGUCCUCGGAUGGUGUGCUGCAGCCGAUACUGGUUUCUGUCUCUAUUGACCCUGCGGUUCUGAAUGAGGAUUGGCAGGGAAAUCUUAAGACGGUGAUGGACGAUGAGGUCGAGCAUGUUCAGCCUGAUUCUGCGGUUGACGGGAGCUCUUCAGUAACUAACAACAACAGCAAAAACUCGGAAGUGGUUUCUGUUUCUGUUGACCCAGAUGUUCUGAAAGAGGAGUCGCAUGGUGAGGAGUUGCAGGGUGAGGAGUUGCAGAAUGAGGAGUUGCGGAAUGAGCAGUUGCAUUAUUCUCAUCAUAAAGAUUCUAUGGAGUUGCAUGAUGAGGAGUUGCAGGGUGAGGAGUUGCAGAAUGAGGAGUUGCGGAAUGAGCAGUUGCAUUAUUCUCAUCAUAAAGAUUCUAUGGCUUCACACCCUGGGAGUUCCACGACUGGGAGUCUAUCUAAUGCAGUUGUGAGUUCAGCAGUGACGGAGGACGAGUGUCAAGCUGCCAGGGACUGGGCCCUUGCCGGUGUCGAUGUCAGUGCUCUUUGGCGUGAGCUACACCGACUCCCGAGACGGGAGUUUCAGCGUAGGACUGAGGCUCUUCAUGCAUACAGGCUGCAAAUGGGAAUUGAAAGUUCCGAGGAGGAUGAUUCGCAACAAGGGGGUCCUCAGAGUUCUACUUCCAGGAGUGCAUUGACGCGGAGCGGCAAGAAGCAUCGGAAACGGCACAGAUGAUGCACAUGUGAUUGAUCCUGCACGCAUGUUUUGGUCUGCCCCCCCUCUCUUCCCCCCGCUGUUUCUGCCCCUGGGCUCGCUUUGGCUCUUUGGGUUCCUCUCGCUCUCCCGCUGGCUUUCCUUCCGCUCUCCGCUGGCAGGUCUCAUGAGUGGAUUUGUUACGCUCUCUUUGCUUACAUAUGAUUUUCAAUUCAUUCCUUUUUUUUUGUUGCAUUCACGUCAUGUUUCACGUGCAUGGUCUUUCAGUGGUGCUGAUACGGUAAUCGCUGUAUAAACCAGUGGUUACUGUAUGGUCUCUCACUGCUUCUUGCUUUGCUGUUUGUACAGCUCUGCAUCUUCUUACUUUUCUUAGUUGACUCUUAGUGGGAUUUACGCUCUUGGGCAUUGCUGUACAGCUUCGCUGUUAGUGCGCUCAGCGUUUGCUCUCAGGCUCUGUUCUGAGUUGCUUUGCGUUUCGGUCUGCCUCCGUGGAGGCUCGAAUCGACCGUCCGCAAAAGACCGC